AUGAAUUACAGCAUAAAAGAACUAUCAUUUGUAAAAGAAUGUGUUACAGAAGGAAUAAGACCAGAUUUAAGAAAUAAUUUAGAAAAAAGAGAAAUACAAAUUACUUUACUUGAUAAUCCACAUUUAGAUGGAUCACUUGAUAUUAAAAUGGGUUAUUCACAUAUUUUAUUAAGUGUUAAUUUUUUACUAGAACCUGUUAUUGAAUCUAAUUAUGAUAUUCCUGAAUACUAUUUAAAACUUAUUAGAGAUACAAUAAGUCUAGGAAUGAAUAUACAUAUUGAAAUAUACAAUGAUGAUGGAAAUAUAAGAGAUAUGUUUUUUUAUGGUUUACAACAAUUACUUAAAAAUAUAGAAAUACCAGAUUUACAGAAUAAUAGUAUUAUAUCUACAAAUAUUAAUUUACCACAAUCCACCACUUUUGCAAUAUUUAAUGAUAAUUUUGUAAAAGAUCCUAUAAAAUUAGAAGAAGAAAGUAGUGAUGCUUUAGUUACAGUUUUUUAUGAUGAUAAAAACAUUGUAUCUUUUACAAUGUAUAAAUCUGGUAUAUUGAACAUAAAUGUACUUGAUAAUUUAUUAAAAAGUUUAUAA